UAAGACUUUAUCAAAAAUGGCGGUCGAAACAGAAGGGGAAUCCGUUGUAAACAACGCUGCAUCGAUCAUAUGCUGUGUUUUCUUGGGCGUACCUAUCGUUGCAUCAUGUGUUUUAUCUCAGGUCGUUGGAAAAAAACUUCCCAGACUGGACAAAUUGUUUAUUACAUUUGUGGCAUUCGACGUACUAUUUCACUCCACUUUUGAAGCUUCGUAUUUAUACUUGGUUUAUACUGGUACCUUGAAGAGUGAUAAUACCAUUGCUGUGAUACAUCAAGAGUAUGGUGAAGCUGAUAAGAGAUGGACAGAUGUAGAUCCAUUAUUAUUAGGUUGCGUUAUGCUGUUUGUAGGACUACUUGCUCCACUAGAAUGUCUUCUGAUAUAUGCUAUAGCUAAUACCAAGUAUUUUAGACAUUUCCUACAGAUUGUGGUGGCAGUUACCAUCCUAUUUGCAGAUUGGAUAUUGGUUGUGCCAGAGAUGUUGAUGGGAGCUCCAAACAUCAACUUAAGCAGUACUACUUGGCUGGUUAUAUUCACUGUCUUUGGUGUUGUAUAUACUGCUUGUCCUGUAUCAAUGCUGUGUAACUCUUACAAGUCCUGUAAGACUACCAAGUCUAUUACUAAUUCUAGUUCUGCUGCUGAUACUGCCCCACGUAGGUCUGCGAGAAAGAAGAAGCAAUAGAAAGUUUUCUAGAAUGUACUUGUAGUGUGUCAUGCAUCAGGACCUGGGAGAGGGGCCUAUACGGUGGGGGAGCAAUAUGAAAAGUCAUUAAAUUAAAUGGUAAUUUCUUUGAAUAUUUGUUACAUUUCAGGAUUAAACAAUAUCCAACUUUUUCAGCCCAUGCUAUUCAGCACAGUUCCUAGAUGUUAUGAAACAUUUUCACCAUAGAUUUGCAAUCCAAUACAGGUACAAUGAAAUGUUGCCAUUCCAUAAAAAUUCAGACUUGUUUGCUGGCUCUCCAUUUCUACACCUUACACAAAUAUGAAGAAAAUUACAUUGAAUUUUAGUUUUAACUUCCUUCCUUGUUUGUUUGAAUGAAUCAACAGUUCAUAAGUCAUCUCAACAUUUCAUAGGUCAUCAACAUUUCAUAGGUCAUCUCUCUGUCACAUACUUUUGUUUUCAUGAUAAUAACGUGUCCUUUUGGAUAAUAAAAUUGCAUAUUAUAUAUUGAAAAA